ACACAGGAGUGGGUGACAGAGGAGAGCGGAGAGGGCAGGUCUAGGGCAGGCCCAGGGCAGGAGGAGAUCUAGAGAGGGCAGGCUGAGCACCCCAAGGGGCGCUCCAAAAGCAGGCGGGGCAGAGAGCCGAGGGGGCGGGCCGGCCAUGUCCCACGGGACCUACUAUGAGUGUGAGCCCCGGGGCACCCAGCAGCCACUGGAGUUCUCAGGGGCCCAAGCUGGGCCCGGGGAACUGGGGGACAUGUGUGAGCACGAGGCUUCCAUCGACCUCUCCGCCUACAUCGAGUCUGGAGAGGAGCAGCUCCUUUCCGACCUCUUUGCUGUGAAGCCUUCGCCUGAGGUCAGAGGCCUCAAGGGCCCCGGAACCCCUGCCUUUCCCCACUACCUGCCUCCUGAUCCACGGCCCUUCACCUACCCACCACAUACCUUCGGCCCAGACAGGAAGGCACUGGGGCCUGGCAUCUACAGCAGCCCAGGAAGCUACGACCCCAGGGCUGUGGCAGUGAAGGAGGAGCCUCGGGGGCCAGAAGGCAGCCGAGGUGCCAGCAGAGGUGGCUAUAAUCCCCUGCAGUACCAAGUGGCCCACUGUGGGCAGACAGCCAUGCACCUGCCCCCAGCCCUGGCAGCACCCGGCCAGCCUCUGCGUGUUCUCAAGGCCCCUUUGGCCACGGCCACAGCCCCCUGCAGCCCCCUUCUCAAGGCGCCCUCACCAGCUGGCCCCUUGCACAAGGGCAAGAAGGCAGUGAACAAAGACAGUCUGGAGUAUCGGCUGCGGCGAGAGCGCAACAACAUCGCGGUGCGCAAGAGCCGGGACAAGGCCAAGAGGCGCAUCCUGGAGACGCAGCAGAAGGUGCUAGAGUACAUGGCAGAGAAUGAGCGCCUCCGCAGCCGUGUGGAGCAGCUCACCCAGGAGCUAGACACCCUUCGCAACCUCUUCCGCCAGAUACCUGAGGCAGCGAACCUCAUCAAGGGCGUUGGGGGCUGCAGCUGAGCCCGGCUGGUGGACUGUAGGCCCCAGGGUCCCUGGGCCAACCUGACCCUGGGAACCCCCACCCAGAGCCCUUUGCAGGCUGAGCCUGAGACAUAGACCAUGGACAAAUGGCAGCGGAGUGCAAAGGGAGGGCAGGACCCAGCAUAAUGAUUCUGUGCCUGAAUAAAAUUGCACUGUGACU